UAUUAUUGAUGGAAUUUUGACAACAUGGCGAACACGAUUAAAUUGAACAUGGAAGUACUAUGUGUUUAUAUUUUAGUAUUUAUAUUUUUACCACAGGUAUUUUCUAAGGACCCGGAAACAAUCUCGGUGGUUAUUGAUAAAACGGACUCUUUAGAACAGGAAUAUAUUCAGAUUAUGAAACCACCAACCUAUAUAGACAGCUUAAGUGUAUUAACGUUAGAAUAUAGAUGUCCUGAAAACAGCGUAGUGGGCGUGGAAGUGGUUAUCCAUUUGAAUGAAAUCAACAGCACAAUCCAAACACCACAUAGAUAUUGGAAGUGCUCACAAAACUAUGGAUUAAACAAAAAGAAAAAGAUUCGAAUAAAGAUCCCAGACGCCAUUUCAUUCAGGCCUAGUAUAUCCAACAAAGUCUAUUACAGAGUGUUUACGUCUAAAUUACGAGCGUGGAUCAUAAAUAAAACACAAUUUGAAAAAUCUAAAGAUAAACAAAACGUGUAUGUUAUGGCAUCAACAAAAGCGUCUUAUGACGUCAGAAUUCAUGAACCGUAUUCCAGACGUAUGAUAAAACCAUGGAAGGCAUGUCCCAUAUGGUACUGGCGUAUGUUAAACAGAAUUCCAGAUUAUGUCAAUAAACUGUCUUGUGAAAAAGAAGAAGAGGUAGUAAAGGUGGUAUCAUAUCCUACCGCUUUAAAUGGUCGAGCCUAUGGUAUAUACCGUAGUUUUGAGCCGUACAAAUCACCAGUUUUAGAGAGUGAAAGACUGAAAAAAUUCCAUAACCCAACUUUUACUAUAUCAAUGUGGGUGUAUAUAUUAGAGUACUGUCCGAAUAAAGGUCCCAAUGGUAGACGAUUCUGUUCUCUUGUUAUGCAUUCUGAUUGGAAGAGAUCGAAAACACCCUGUAUUAUACUUACACCCGACGGGAGCUUCCAGAUAGAAGUAUGGUUUAAAGAUGGAUCUACUUCGGCCAUGAAGCCCCACUUUAUUCUGCCUAGACAUCAAUGGUUUAGAUUAACCCUUAGCUUCAUGUAUAAAACGUGGCUGCUGACGGUCAACCAUGGUAAAAACAGGAACGAGACUUUCCAGACGUAUUACACAUAUGAUAAAGAGUUAUUUAUGGAUGAUACAACAGGAUAUUUUGUGUUUGGUGGUAAUGAGAAUAGUAUGCCUACCAUAUUAGGUUAUAUUGGUGAAACUAAAUAUUACAGAAGAAAAUAUAUGUUACCUACUCAGAUACCGUAUCCCAGUCCUUAUCAUCCUAUGUUUGAAUUGGGUUUAACUCAUCGAGAGGAAAAGUGUGCUAAAUUCAUCAAUUGGAUUGAUAAAAGAGUAGAGGUUUAUAAACGGUUAACUAAAUCAGUAUCUUCAAAAGACGUCUGUCAGAGUUAUUUUAACGAAUUAUUGAAAUCUAUUCAUAAAUCAUCGCGUGUAAAACAAUGUUCUGUUGAAAGAAGUCCCAGGCCUAGAUACUAUAGAAUAGUUAAUUCCUUUAUUAAAAGAUCCGCUUUAAAAGGAAAAACAGUUUCACAUAAAAAUAUGACCGAAGUAGCAGACCAACUAUAUAAUAACGCUACAAGUUUGAUUGAAGUUGGUUUAACAAAGAUACCUAGAGUUGUACCCCUUUUAAAACAGUCGUCAUGUUUGGGUAACACUGACGCCAUGUUUAUGUUAGCCGUUAUAUUAAAUAAUGGUGUUUAUGUUAAAUCUGAUGAAAUACAGGGACAGGCGUAUCUAAUGAUGGCAUCUAUGGAAGGUAACAUUCUAGCAUCACUCGCUCUGGCACAUAAACAUAUGUUUGGUAUUGAUGGAGUUCCAUUUGACAAGCCACAGGCAUAUAUGUAUUAUAAAUUUGUUGCUGAUAAAACGAGAGAUGAUAUUGAAGAACAUAAAAGUACAAAUGUGUUGACGGAGUUUGUCAGAUUAACGGAUGAAGCCACAUUACAGAAACAGACAGAUGAAGAAGGGGAUGUUUUUCUGUGGUUAAAACAUCAAGCCCAAUCGGGAGUACUUUCAGCCCAGCGCCAUGUUGCACGAUCUUUAUUCUGGGGAUCACAAGGUCUAAAGAGGAACAUAGAUGCUGCUAUGAGUUACUUCCGUGAAGGUGCUGCCACAAAAAACCCAAACGAUAUGUAUGAUUACGGUAUAUUGCUAUAUAAGGGAUCUGGUUCAAAUAAGAAUCAAACAGAGGGAAAGAAAAUGAUGGAACAAGCCGCUGAAAAGCUAAAUCCUAAUGCGAUGAGUGCAUUGGGUUGGAUUGCGAUGAGAGAAAGAAAUUAUACAAAAGCAGCGACAUUAUUUGAUCAGGCUCAUAAGCGAGGUAGUAUGGAUGGUGGUUACUAUUUAGGUAUAAUGCUUAUGCACGGAUUAAUACCAAAUAAACCUGUCGAUAUGGACCUGGCUAAAAUAUUUUUUAUUGGGGCAGCUAAAAGGGGUCAUAUAGAUGCCGGUGUUCAAUUUGCUUUAAUUAGUAUGAAGGGUACAGCUAUCAACAAAAGGAACGUACAUAUUGCUACCGAGUGGGCCAGACAUAUUGCUGAAAAGAAUCCAGGUCUUGGGCAUAUACUACAUAAAGCACUACAUUUCUAUAGACAAAUGAACAUGCCACAAGCGUUGUUCUAUUACAUGAUGGCGGCAGAUACUGGCACUGAAGUAGCAAGUUUUAACCUCGCCUAUUUAUGUGAAGAAAACAAGGAAGGAAUGGUCCAUUUAAUAGAGAAAGAAUGUCAAUGGAGAAAUUACAAUAUGACGAUACAACGAGAAAUACAAUUUGUCAGCUCAUACUCCCUGAUUAAGAUGGGUGAUUAUCAUUGGUAUGGUUGUCAAGCUGAUAGAAAUAUAGAGAAAGCAGCUAAAUAUUAUGGUCUAGCUGCUAAUAAAGGUGAUCCACAUGCAUUAUUCAAUAUAGCCAUGAUGGUAGAAGAAGGUGUGACUAUACCUGAUAAUACUUGGACGUUGGCUAGAGUUGGUACCCAACACAGAAUUGAUAAUAUGACUUUAUUAACACAUUUAUACUCACGGUGUAAAGAAUCGAGAAAGACAGAAGCCUAUUUACCCUGUACAAUAGCUUUAUUCCGAAUACAAUUUAUGGACCUGUGGACCAGAUAUCAUAUUUGGAUGAAGUUAUCAAGUAUUAUUGGCAUUGCAGUAUUUACAACAAUGACCUUUUAUACCGUAUGUCAUCACUUCCGGCACAGGCGCCAAUUAGAGGAUACAGUUUAAUGGACCCAACACUGACAUAAAUUUAUAAUAAAUAUAGAUUUGUAUUAUUUAAAGGAAAUGUGCCCCAAUAAGAUGCAUAUAUUACAGUUUAAUACAAGUAAUAUAAAUCAGUACAUAAUUAGAGCUUUGUUAUGGAUAAGUGAUUCAUCGUAAGUCAGUACAUUAUUAGAUGUUUAGUUAUGGAUAAAUGCUUCAUGUCAAAUCAAUACAUUAUAAAGCGUUUUGGUUUGGAUAAUUAAAUGCUUCACCCCAAAUCAGUAAAUUGUUAGAAGUUUUGCUAUGGAUAUAUUAAUAUUUUUUAUUCCAAUCAUGACAUUAUUAGAGGUUUUGUUAUGGAUAAAUACUUUAUCCUAAAUCAAUACAUUGUUAGGCGUUAUGCUUAUUCCAAUCAGUACAUGAUUAGGCGUUUUGUUAUUGAUAAACGAGUCAUCUUUAAUCAAUACAUUAUUAAGCGAACAUGUAGCAUCUAGUGUGCUUUGGGGAAAAUUUUGCUUUGCAUGGAAAGCAGCGUUUUGCCUUCUUAAAAUUCCAACUGUCCAGACUUCAUUGAUGUGCCCACGGUUCGGCCCACUAACAGGGGAAAACCAGACUGGAAAACACCAGGGAAAUUACUCAGAUCGAAACAGGUGACCUCGGGGUUAGUGACCUUAUAUAGUCGCCUCAAUAUUUCGUCGCAACUCCAAAUUCAUUAUCUUGAAAAAUUACCUUGAGUACAAUUUCACUUUAUAAAUUUUCAGUCGAGAGUGGUGUAUGGAAACUACUAUUGAUGUUUGACAAAGAUUGUUUGCUUGUUCAAUCCAUGCGCUUGAAAUGUAUCGAUUUGGGUAAACAAUUUCUUAUUUGGAUCACGAGUGCGGAGUCGAUCUAACAAAAAAAAAAGUAAUAUUUGAAUUUA